AUGCGCAGCAGCAGCAACAGCAGCAGCAGAAACAACAGAAGCAGCAGCAGCAGCAGCAGCAGCAGCAGCAACAGCAGCAGCAUAAAGCAGCAGCAGCAGCAGCAGCAACAGCAACAGAAGUGGGAGUGGAAGCAGCAGCAGGGGAUAGAGGGAUGCAGCAACAAAAACACUAACACCAUUGCUUACUGUGGCAGCAGUACACCUAAAGUAACAAAUGCGCAGCAGCAGCAACAGCAGCAGCAGCAGCAGCAGCAGCAGAAGCAACAGAAGCAGCAGCAGCAGCAGCAGCAGCAGCAGCAGCAGCAUAAAGGAUAUCCAGCAACAGCAGCAGCAGCAGCAGCAGCAGCAGAAGCAACAGAAGCAGCAGCAGCAGCAGCAGCAGCACCAAAAGCAGCAGCAUAG